GAGGGACUUUUUGCCCUCUGCUCCCGGGCCCCUCAAGCAGCCACUCCCGUGGGCACACGCCCAGGAGCUGCUUCUGCCCCGUGCUCUCUCCCUCUGCCUUUCACUUCCCAGCUGCCAAGAUCUUGGAAGCUUUGAAGCUCAGCAAAGAAGGGAAAUCCAUUGAGAACAGUCUGUAAAGUUCUGGAGGCUGGGAACUCCAAGAUCAAGACGCUGGCAGAUUCAUUGUCUGGUUAUAUACCCUUUUGCAUUCUCACUAGCAAUGCAAAAGAGGGACUGUUUCUCCACACCCUUGCCAACAGAGUAUAUUGUCAAGCUUUUGAACUUUUGCUAAUCUGCGCUCCUUAAGUUUUGUACUUGAGGUGAUUGUCUCACUUGCCUCACCCUAAUCCUGGCCCUGAAUCCCAUUACUCUGCCUCUUGACCAAACUGGAGAUGAACUUCAAGUAGAAGAAUGAAUGAGAGCUGUACAAGGCAUGGUAUCCCAGGACUGCCUGCUUGCUGAGACCCUCUGUAAAACUCCAUGCACCCUGCUGUUGAGCGCUCUGAGGAGGUAACAGUAUUCAGAGAGAAUUCAAACCGUGAGGAAAUGUCAUUCAGAUUCGGCCAAUAUCUCAUCAAGCCCUCUGUGGUGUUUCUCAAAACAGAACUGUCCUUCGCCCUGGUGAACAGGAAACCUGUGGUACCUGGACAUGUCCUCGUGUGUCCCCUCCGGCCAGUGGAGCGCUUCCGAGACCUGCGUCCCAAUGAAGUGGCCGACCUGUUUCAGGCAGCACAGAGAGUUGGGACGGCGGUGGAGAAGCAUUUCCAGGGCACCUCUCUCACCUUUUCCGUGCAGGAUGGCCCCGAAGCCGGACAAACUGUGAAGCAUGUUCACAUCCACGUUCUCCCAAGGAAGGCUGGAGACUUUCACAGGAAUGACAGCAUCUAUGAUGAGCUCCAGAAACAUGACAAAGAGAAGGAGGACUCCCCAACCUUGUGGAGAUCGGAGGAGGAGAUGGCAGCCGAAGCUGCGGCACUGCGGGGCUACUUUCAGUGACGCAGGUAAAAUGCACAUCCAGCCAAGUGACACAUCUGAAAUGUUCAGUUUUUGAAUGUUUACUUAUUUGCACCCUGGUACCCACCUCUCAAGCCAAGAUGAGAAUAGUCACAGCCCUUCUCCCCGCCCCCAAGGCUCCCUGCUGCCCCCUCCCUGUCAGUACCCACCUCCAUCCAUCCUGAGGAAAUUACUACUUUGAUAUUUAUCCUCGCAGAUGAUCCUUGCUGGCCCUGAAGUUCAUAUGAACCGAAUAACGUGGCGUGAACUUUUCUGCAUCAGGCUGCUUUCGCACAGAGUAACCCCCGUAAGAUUCCAUCACGUUGUGGAGCGUAGCACUCCAUUUUUUUGCAUGGUCAUAUAAUUGAUAUUAUGAUCAUUCUUCACCUGUCCUUUCUGUAUACAUUCAAGUCUCAGACCAUAAACAUGCUUCUAGUGUUUCAAGGAUCACGUUGAACAUCACCUCUAUAAAGCAUUCCCUGGUAGCAAUACGCCCUCUCAGUCAGAAACGGCAUCUGUAGCCGCCUCCUACCCCACUGUAUGUAACCUGGAGGCCCCACUCACACUGCAGCUCUUAGGACCCGGGCACGGAUGUCAGGCACUACCUCACCUGCUCCUGUGGACAGCACGCUACGCCCUAUUUAUCUUUGUAUGAACAGCAACCCUAGCACCAUGCCUAGCGUACAGCCACCCAAGCUUAACGGCAUCUAUUGCAUUAUCUCCAUAGCCAUUUUCUUCUGAGAAAAGAUGCAUUGUUGCUGCUUAUUAACUGAAACCUACAUGUGCAAAGCAUGUCUGUUCCCUAUGUGUAUCAUAAGAUCCACUAACAGGAGGCGGUGUGGAGAUUUCCACACUAUCUGUUUUCAACUCUGAUCAGAAACAAACGCUUGGAGGCCAGGCUUUUUUGGGGUAGGCAGGACUUUGAACUCCUGACUUCUAUUGGUUUUCUCCUCAAAGUAGAGUAAGACAUUGUAAUCAAGAGUCUAAGUCCAUUUUUGAGGUUGGACUGCUGAUUACCUUUAAGCCCCAUCCUUCCCCGUUACGACUUGCCCUACCUCUGGGCACUCCCUCCCUUGGGCCUCACAGGGAAGUUCAAGCCACUGGAACCCCAGCCUUAAGGGGAACCCUAACCCCGGCCCAUCCACUACGCACUAUAAACACCUGAGGCCACCUGAUCCUUCCCUCCCCCUCUGCUUACUUAACUCUGAACAGAACCUGAGCCCUUCUCAGG